UGUGAGCUCUGGCCUGUGGCUCUGCGGGUGGAAGGAGAGGUUUGAAUCUUGGGAUCGGAUCGUUUAGAGCUGGGAGGGAGGGACCUUGGGCCCAGAGCAGCCCACGGUACAAAAGUCAGUAUUUCUCGUGGUUGAACCAAAGAAGCAUCGCCUUAUUUCCCCUCUGCGCCCCGCUCCUAACGCUGAGGACACAUUGAAUGAAGGCAAUGUGGAAUGGCAGGAUGGGUCCAUUGGAGUGAGGGUGGUCUGCCAGAAAAGGAGACAACCAGCUACAUGGUCUUCCCCUCCCUCUUCAUGGCCCUCGAGAUGGAGCAAUUCUAUCGAUCUACAGUGGCUAUCUACAAGAGCAUCAUGGAGCAGUUUAACCCUGCCCUGGAGAAUCUCGUGUACCUGGGUAACAACUACCUUCGUGCCUUCCACGCGCUGUCCGAAGCGGCCGAAGUCUACUUCAGGGCCAUCCAGAAGAUCGGGGAGCAAGCCUUGCAGAGCUCAACAUCGCAGCUAUUGGGUGAGAUCCUCGUACAGAUGUCAGACACCCAGCGGCACCUGAACAGUGACCUGGAAGUUGUCGUGCAGACUUUCCAUGGAGACCUUCUACAGCACAUGGAGAAGAACGCCAAGCUGGACAUGCAGUUUAUCAAAGACAGCCGCCAGCACUACGAGAUAGAAUACCGACACCGCGCUGCCAACCUGGAGAAAUGCAUGUCGGAGCUGUGGAGGAUGGAGAGGAAGAGGGACAAGAGUGCGCGGGAGAUGAAGGAGAGCGUGAACAGGCUGCACGCCCAGAUGCACGCCUUUGUCUCGGAGAGCCAGAAAGCAGCCGAGCUGGAGGAGAAGAGGCGCUAUCGCUUCCUGGCCGAAAAGCACCUGCUGUUAUCCAACACCUUCCUGCAGUUCUUCGGCCGGGCCCGAGGCAUCCUGCAGAACCGAGUUCUCUUGUGGAAGGAGCAGUCUGAAGCCAGCCGAAACUCCUCUCGUGCCCAUUCUCCAGGCCUGCUGGGCCCUACCCUGGGGUCAGCCUACCCAUCAGGCCGCCUGACCCCCACCCGCCUGGAGAUGCCCCAGAGGCCUCUGGGAGACUUCAGCUCUCCCCGGAGCCGGCAUAGCUCGGGCUCCUAUGGCCAGGAGCCCAGCGAGGGGAGACCUGUGUCCCAGCUGGACCCGGAUCGGAUGUCCCUACCCCGGACACCGUCUUCUACCUCCUUGUAUGCCAGCAGCACCCCACGGUCCCGCUCCAACUCGUUCGGGGAGCGGCAGGGCAGCGGCAGGGGCCCCCAGCGAGCUCGGGCCUUGGUAUCCCACUCGGAAGGCGCCAACCACACCUUGCUGCCCUUCUCAGCUGGCGACGUGGUCCUGGUGCUGGUGCCUGAGGCCCACAACGGCUGGCUGUAUGGCAAGCUGGAGAGGUCAUCCGCGAGCGGCUGGUUCCCGGAGACGUACGUGAAGCCCCUGGAGGAUCUGCCCACUAAUGAGCUGCCCUCCAGGUCCUACCCGCUUCGGGGCACUCACAGCCUGGACAAUCUCCUAGACCGCCCCGUGAGCAUGCCGGCUUCCUCAGAAUACUGGGACGGCCGUUCCCGGCCCCACAGCCCCAGCAGGACAACCAGCAGGGCCACAAGCCGAGCCCCCAGCCCGCCCCCGCUGCCCCCCGACAGCAGCCGCAGAAGCAGUGUGGGCAGCACGGGGGGCUCCAGCGAUGCCAAGAAGCUGAUGGCCUGGGAGCAGCAACCCCCAGAGCUCUUCCCCCGAGGCACCAACCCCUUUGCCACCGUGAAACUUCGUCCCACCGUCACCAACGACCGCUCGGCCCCCCUCAUCCGCUGAGGACCCCCUGGUCUGGGGAGUGUCUGUCCCCAGACUCGGCCUCACCCAGCAUGCACGCAGAAGCCCCAGAAAGCACCUGGAAGCCUCUUGUGGGUACCCGAGCAGAAGAUUCCAGGGACAUUGGGGUCCAUGGCAUGAGCCCUCUGCCCGCUCUCUCUUCCCAGCCGGGGAAGAUUCUGAAGCAAGAGAGACUCUGUGCUUCCUGAAUGAGACAGGGUGACACCAGGGCCAGGGGACCAGACUGCCAGGGCCUCACUCCAGGGAGAAGGCCAGCGGGGGCUCUCUCCAUCCAUCCCUCCUUCCCUCCAUCCAUCCAUCCAUCCAUCCCUCCAUCCCUCCAUCCAUCCCUCCC